AUGUUUUAUUAUUCUUUUCAAUCAUUCAGUUCGGAUUUCUUUAGAAUUCUUGACCUUCAUUUCUUUCUGGUUCUAUUGGCGGCAUGUUUGAUCUUUUAUUUUUACUAUCGUAGACUCAGCCGCAUCUUUCAGUUCCAUCUUCCUCUUUUUUCCUCUUUCCUUUUUCUUUCUUUACUUUCCCUCUUACUUCUAUUCAUUCUUCUUUUUUUCCCCUCCUUUCAAGCUUUCUUUCUUUUCUUUUUUUUUUUACUCUUUAGCCAUUCUUUCCUUUCCUUUUUUCUAACUUUCUUUUUCUUUAUUCCUUCUUUUUUCGUUCUUUACUUUACUUCUUGUCAUCUUGAUGGCUCCCUUCUUUAUUUCUUUUUUUUUUUUUUCAUAUUCUUCAUUCUACUUCAUUUUGUUUUAAGUUUUUUCUUCCAUUUUUUCUUUUCUUUUUUCAUUAUUUCUCUUUCCUGUUUUUUUCUUUUUAUUUUUCAUUCUUUUUCUUUUGAUCUUUUUUGUUCUUUCUUUUGUCUUUUCUUUUGUUCUUUCUCUAUUUCAUUUUUCUUUGUCUCCUCUCUUUUCUUUUCUUCCAUUUUCAUUCAUUUUUUCUUUCUGUUUUCUUUUUCUUUCUGUUUUCUUUUUCUUUCUGUUUUCUUUUUCAUUCUGUUUUCUUUUUCUUUUUUCUCCUUUAUUCUUUUUUCUGACAUUUUGUCUUUCUUUAAUUGCAUUAUUUCUUUUCCUUUCUCUCUUUCUUACAUUUUUCAUUCAUUUUUUUUCUUUUUCGUUCAUCCUUUCUCUUUUGAUCGUUUUCGUCCUUUUUUCUUUUUUAUAUCUUUCGUCCUUUCUUUAUUUUUCUUUUUUUUCUUUUUCUUAUUCAUUAUUUUCUUUCUUUCUUUCCUUUUUCUUCUUUUAAUUUUCUCUUCUUCUAAUUCUUUUUCUUUUUUCUUUUUCACUCUUUCUUUUCGUUUUCUUUUUCCUUCUCAUUUCUUUCUCUUUCGCUUUCAUUCUUUUUUUCUUUUAUUUUUCUUUCUUUCUCUUUUUCUCCCCUUCCUUCCUUCCUACCUUCCUUCUUUCUUUUUCUUCUUUUCGUCUUUCCAUCUAUUAAGUCGAAUGUAUGUUUAUCCUCGUUAUAAAGACACCCACCCCUAUUUACUCCAUUUUGCCUUUCAUUUGCAAUAUUACUUCAUACUUCUGAUUUCAAAUCAACCUCAUUUUCUUUCUACAUUUUUAUCGCGUUCUCCUUCCUCUACUCUCUCGCUCUCUCUCUCUCUCUCUCUUUGUCUUCUUCACUUUUUCCUUCCCCCCCCCAUCACAUCUGCAUUUCUUUUACGCGUACCUUUCUCUUUCCUCUUUUCUGCUUUAUCUUACCUCCGUUGUUGUUGUUGUUGUUGUUGUUGUUCUUCUUCUUCUUCUUCUUCUUCUUCUUCUUCUUCUUCUUCUUCUUCUUCUUCUUUUGUUUUCAUCAUUGUGCUCUUUUCCCCCUUGUUCUCCUUCUGUCCGGCAAUUUUCCAUCUCUCCUUACCCUUGUCUCUCUUUUUUCAUGUUAUCCCUCUAUUCCUUUCUUUUAUUUUUGACAUGAAAACUGCUUCACCAUUUCUUUCUGUUUCUCUGUUUCUUUCUUCCUUCUGUUUUAUUCUUUCUUUCUUUUGUGUCUUUCUUUCUUUCUUUUGUUUCUUCCUAUCUUUCUUUCUUUAUUCUCCUGUCUCUCUUUCUUUCUUUUUCUUUCUUUCUUUUAUGUCUUUCUUUCUUCUCUGUCUCUCUUUCUUUCUUCCUUUCUUUCUUUCUUUCUUUCUUUCUUCUGUUUCUCUCUUUCUUCAUUUUGUGCCUUUCUUUCUUUCUAGAGCACACGUUUACUUUUCCUUUCAUCUUUCUGCUGUAUUCAUUCUAUUCCUUUUUUUCUUUCUUUUUCAUCUUCUUUCUGUCCUUCUAUUACCAUCAUUUUUCUAUUUCUCUGUGUCUUUCUUCUGUGUCUUUCUUUCUUCUGUUUCUUUCUUUUUUCUCUUGUGUCUUUCUUUCUUUCAUUCCUCUGUUUCUUUCUUUCUAUCUUUCUUUAUUUUUCUGUGUCUCUCUUUCUUUCUUUCUUUUUUCUUUCUUUUUUCAAUGUCAUUUUUUCUUUCUUCUGUUUCUUUCUUUCUGUCUUUCUUUCUUUCUUUCUUUCUUUCUUUCUUUCUUUCUUUAUUCUUCCGUGUCUUUCUUUCUUUCUUUUUCUUUCCUUUUUCAGUGUCUUUCUUUCUUCUGUUUCUUUCUUUCUUUCUUUCUUCUCUGUCUUUCUUUCUUUCUUUCUUCUCUGUCUUUCUUUCUUUCUUCCUUUCUUUCUUUUUUCUUCUGUUUAUCUCUUUUUUAGUUUGUGUCUUUUUUCUUUCUUUCUUUCUAUGUUUCUGUCUUCCUUUAUUUUUUAUGCCUCUCUUUCUUUCUUUCUUUCUUUCUUUCUUUCUUUCUUUAUUUUCAUUAAUUCUAUUCUCUUUUUUUCUUUCUUCCUUUUUCAUCUCCUUCAAUAUCUCCCCCUUCACCUCCACUUCAUUAUAUUUCACUCUUUCCCUCUUUCUCCUUAUAUCUCUCAUACAAUCUUCUCUUCUUUCCGUUUCCUAA